AUGUACGCCACCGGCACAAUAGACCUUGCUGAAGGACAGGCCCAGGCUACAGGCGGGACAAGGCAGACUCAGGCUACGUACCGGUAUACGGGCGAGGCAGGAGAUGUCCAUGAUACAGACCGGACAGGACAGGCCCAGGCUACAGGCGGGACAGGCGGAACAGGAGAGGUCCAGGCUACAGGUGGGACAGGACAGGCUCAGGCUACAGGCGAGACAAGACAGGCCAAGGCUACAGCCGAAACAGGAGAUGUCCAUGAUACAGACGGGACAGGGCAGGCCCAGGCUACAGGCGAGACAGGCGGAACAGGAGAGGUCCAGGCUACAGGUGGGACAGGACAGGCUCAGGCUACAGGCGGGACAGGAGAUGUCCAUGAUACAGACGGGACAGGACAGGCUCAGGCUACAGGCGAGACAGGACAGGCCAAGGCUACAGACGGGACAGGACAAGCCCAGGCUUUAGGCGAGACAGGACAGGCCAAGGCUACAGGUGGGACAGGACAAGCCCAGGCUACAGGCGGGACAAGGUAG